AUGGAAAGUGAAGGUAACAAUCAAAACUUUGAACAAGGAAAGAAAGGAACUAGGCGGUCAUGGUCCAAGUUUGAGGAAGAUGCAUUUUUUACCGUGCUGGAUGAGUUUGUGGCUGUAGGCCAUCGUUGUGAGACUGGUAGUUUCAAAUCUGGUAUUAUGGUCCAAAUGGAGAAGGCUUUGAAUAUUAAAUGUCUUAAUUCGGGGCUAAAGGCAUGUCCUCAUAUUGAAUCAAAAUUGAAGAAGUGGAAAAAGCAAUAUAGUAUAGUCUAUGACAUGAUAAACACAAAUGGAUUUGCUUGGAAUGAUAUAAAAAAGUGUGUUGAGGUUGACAGUAAUGAUACAUGGGAGACUUAUGUGCAUCACCACAAGGAAGCAGCUGAAUGGAGGAGCAAACCAUUUCCUUUGUUUAAUAGACUUUCUAAUAUCUUUGGAAAUGAUCGUGCUAACGGACAAAGAGCUAAAGUCCCCGCUGACAUGAUGGAAGAGCAAAGCAAUAACGAAGUUAAUGCUAGUGAUAAUUGUGUCCAGUAA